UUUGGGCGACGGUUUUGGUUAAUUAAAAACAGAAAAAAUAAGAAAAAUAAAAAUAAAAAUAAAAUGAUUUUUGUAAACGUAAAAAAGAGAAACACGAUUUCGGCUCUCAAAACCUAGCAUCAUCGCGACGGAGAAGAAGGGGUAAAGGAGUGUCAGAUACUCAGUCCGACCACCGGACCACUCGUAUCACCGAAGACUUUCCGUCUUGACUCCGCUUUAUAUCUACCAUCAACGCAGUGGAAAUCUGUACGACAUCCACAAGACCCAAGCCUCACCAUCGCUCUCCCACACCUUCUAACAGUCAGUCUUCGCUCGCCGGCGAUAAUCCCCGAAUCCACCGCGCCUUCCCAUUUCCGCUGAGUGGUUUAAACCAAUCUUUGUUUCUGCAUUUUCUGCAAAGCGAUCUCAGAUUAUUCACUUGCUUCCUUCAAUUUUUAGAGAAGAAACCCUCACUAAGAAUCACACUCUGAGAAUUAGCUAGCUUUCAGAAACAUGGAUGGAGAUGUCCCCAACAUAAAGAAAUGGGUUGUGUUUUAUCCGGUUUAUAUAAACUCAAAGAAAACAAUAGCUGAAGGGAGGCGAAUUUGUUUGAGCAAGGCAUGUGAGAAUCCCACGUGUGCUGAGAUUGGUGAUUGCUGCAGCCAUUUCAAGCUCCCAUUUGCAAUUGAGAUAGAUAAAGCAUAUCCACGUGAUUUCAUGCAAAUAGGGAGAGUAAGGGUGUUGCUCAAAAAGGAGGAUGGGACACUCUACAAUCCAGCCAUCUCUUCUCGGAAGCAGCUGAUGCUCCGAGUGGCCGAAUUAGUUCCAAGACAUCCUGGUAGAGCUAAGAAGCAGGAGCCUGCAUCUACAUCAACUGCUGGAUCUUCUAAAUCUGGAAAGGGUGGAAAAAAGAAGAGAUAGCUUAAUUAACAAUAAUGCAGCACUGGAGUUUCCUUUGAUAUCAAAACUCUACCGGCGUGGAUGGUCAUCUCUCAACUCUCAAUGGAUUGAAACAUUUUUGUGAGGAAUAUUUGAGUAUGAAAGUUGGAACACUUGUAUUAAAAGAAAAAACUAUAUGCGGUCAGUAGUGGUAGAAUACAUUUGAUGUUUAUUGGUUAACAAACAGACAUUUCUUGGAACCACUUUCCCUAUUGUAUGUUAGAAAAUGAGGCAGUUUACUCUCUUAUUCACCAAUAAUAGUUAAAUUGUAAGGUAGAGUUUAAGAAAGCUUAAGUGUGUGUUUGGGUUGCUUUUAAAUCUCCAUGUUAGGCUUAUAGAAGAAUUCUAUACUAAAUGUAGUGUUUGCUAAAUUUAUAUAUUUUAAAUUCUUUUAUAAUC